AUGGUCGAGUAUUUACUGGAUGAUCACCCUGGCCUCAGGGGUUCGUUGGACGAUAUGACACACGCUGGAGAUCAUUUCUCACAAUACUACCCAUUUGACACGCCUCAGGGUAUUUCAAGAUUGUCGAGUGUAGGCGUAAAGUCCCGUGAUCCGGUUUCAAAAGAUUUUGGACGUCCUGGACCAAGUUUGACUCCGAUGGAAUGUGACAUUGCUUGUCCAUAUAUGCGUAAUGGAAUUUGGUGUAUUGUGGGAGACCCCCACGCCUUCUACAGAUGUGAAGAUGGUUUUCAGCUUCCCACAGAACGGUGCAUGUUUGGAGCGAUGUUCAAUCUGGCUACGUGGCAAUGUGAAAAUCCUGGGCCCAAAGAAGAAAUCCCCAAAUGUAAAUGUGGACCACGUGGUAAAUUAAUUGCCAGAAAGGAGUCGUAUUAUUACGACGAUGACGAUAGACAGGGAAAUAGAACUAGAAAUAGACCAAGUGGUGUAAACAAAGACUUCCAGCAUGGUAUCAAGGAAAUGAAACAUGGGAAUACAACACCUUCAUAUAGUAAUAUACGAUUGCUGAAUACGUCGAACUCAGGCACUCAACCAGAGUUAUUCGAGAACACUCAUAAACAAAUAGACCACCGUGCAGAAAAGUUAAAACAUAUGAUUGAACUCUCCGAAUCAAUGCAAUCAAAAUAUGAUGAAAAUAAAAAUACCAACGAAUAUCAAAUCCAGAAUAAAGUCUCAGUUCCAGGGUCAUCUGUCCCCGAUUCGUCAGUUAGGGAUUCUCCGAUCCCUGAUUCGUUAGUUUCGGAAUCUUCAAAAUCUUCUGUUCUUGAAUCCUCAGCUCCAGGAUCCACGAAGAGUACUUUGAUCAGGAGAGCUGAUGUUCACCAGGUGAUUGAUAAUCAUAAAUUUAACCACUUAAAACAAAUGAUGGCGCUUGCAAAGAAAGCCGCUGAGAUUCCUAUUACAAAGGCGAAAUUAAUAGAUGGCAUUAGUCAUGUCAAAGACCAAACGUUUGAUGCUAAAGGGUUAAACACUCAAACGCUAACAAAACACGAAUCGGACAAAACUAGUCACUUAAGGCAAAUGAUUAAACUUUCCAAAAUGGCGGAAUCGGGUAGUGAUCCACAUACCCACCAAAGAAGCCCUAUUGUGAAACAACCUGAUAAGGUUCAACAUUUAAAUCGCAUGAUUGAAAUGACAAAACGUUUAAAGUCGUUCAGCAAUCAUAAGCCAUCUACAUGACAUGCUUGUACAUACAAAAUACAACUAUGGUACCUUAGCUUGUAUUUGCGAAUGCAACUUUCGGCUGUUAGCUACCGUAUUUACCUAAUAUUCUAUGGGUAACUCGGCAUUUAAAUAUGCAUAGAACCUGCCACUAUAGAAUAGUAGGUCAAUCCGGUAGCCGACAGCCGAACGUUGCAUUCGUGAAUACAAACUGCCUCCAUAAACACGCAACGAGUAGUAGAAUAGUUGAAUAAGAUUAACAGGGACGUUUGAGGUAAUUUUGAAAGGACUUUUAAUUAGCGUUAUUAGUUUUGUCUUAGGACUAGUAACAUUAGUGCUAUAAUAUGAUGUUAUAACAUUAUUUUUGAAAUAAACUAUGAUAAUAUUAAAUUGUUUAUGGAAAUCACAAAUGCAGUCUAUUAUUCGUUAAGAAUAUAUGUACACGUUUCAUUGAGAAAUCACGCCACAAGAGUUAAUCAUAUGGAGUACUCCAUUACAGCAAUCUUUAUUAUAUCCAUCAUCUUGUGGAAAUUUGUCGAUUGUUCUCUUCGGGGCAGAAUGUUUUAGGAAUCACGUCACAUCAAUCAAGGCACAGCAGCUUCCCGUGUUUAGCUGAAA